CGGUGCUUGUUGGAGGUUGGCGGCGUGGCGAGAGCGAGGAGCGGUGUGUGGAGCGGUUCCACUCUCAUUCAUCCUCAACAACAACAACAACACCACCACUCACCGGCGCUCACCAUGCCUUGUCGAAAGGAAAACUACAUCUUCCUGGAGCAGUCCGUCACCGUCGACUCCAAAGAGGUGGACGCGUUGGUGACGAGAAUCGGCGAGGCACUGCAGCUCCACAACAAUAGCGGCAACCAUGCGAAGAAGGCUGCCUGCUUGCACGGACUCACCACCGGCGUGGGGAGUGUGGUCAACCCGGCGGGGGUCGGCGGCGGUGGAGUAGGAGGCACCAUCGCCACGGGCGCGCCGGUUCCGAAACGGCAAGGCUGCUGCAUCCGUCUGAGAAACCGCGGCAGCAGCCGGGCGAGCCCUUACCACAUCCCCGGCUCGAGCGACCAGGAGUGGGACCAAAUUAAACCGUGGAACAAAAAAAGGCUGCACGCCGACGAGGACGACCCGCAUCGUCUCCUCCAGGAGCUCAUCCUGUCUGGCAAUCUGAUCAAAGAAGCCGUAAAGCGGCUGCAGUUCUCCGCGGCGGACUGUGGAGAUUUCCCCAAGGCAGCGGACAACGUGCCGUGCUGACGAGACUUCAAACACGGCUCUUCCCACCCUCUCCGUGACUCUCUCUCCCUUUGACUUUCAAGUUCAAGUCGACGAAACUGCUAGCUGAGUUUUCACCUCCUAUUUCCAUCCACGUCCCCCUUUUUAGUUGACCUGGAACAUUGGCUCCGUUGCGUCAACGGCAGGCGGUUAGCUUGCCAGUUAGCCGCCCGGCUAAUCAGCCGUGUUGUUUAUGUUUGAAAAUUUCAACUCAAGUGCAGCGGUGGGGGGGUCGAAGGGGCUACGAACAAUCGGAAAUUUGCUCUUUUUCGUCGACAUCACCCCUUUCUUCUCAGAUGAAUGAAAUUUCACGUGGGGGCUUUUUGUGUGUCAUUUUAAGAGUAAGAUGGACGCCAUUUUCAAGACGACUCAUAAAGCCCCCCCCACGUAAACACGUUUUUUUGUUUUCUCCCACCUUCUCCUUUAAUCUGUUGUCGUUUGGGUGCCUGGGAUACAAACUACUAGCUUCGUUCACUCCCCACAUUCAUGAACUCUAUCGUGGAGGAGAGUUAAGUUCCUUCAGUGUUUGUGUGUGGCCAUUUUGUUUACACUCGGAGACAGGAAGCAAAUGUGUACCUUUGAUUACUUGUUUCACCCUCAGUUUGACUUCCCUCUCGGAGCAGCUACUCUCACCACCAAAAACCUCAUCAAAAACACCAUCUGUGUUAUUUUUCUAAAGCAGUUUAUCUACACAACACGGUAGAUUUGUGGUUAGCGCCACUGCCUUGCAGUUUUGCGGUACAGGGGUUCAAAUCCCGGCUUCCGGUUUCCUCCCACAUUCCAAGUGACUUGUUCAAAUCAUUGAAGAGUCUUACAAUUGUCUGAGACUGGUAACCAGUCCGGGUUGUUUCCCAGGGAUCGGCUCCAGCUCACCCUUGGUCCUUAUGAGGAGUAUCGGAAGUUUUUUUUUUUUUUUUUCUAUACCAAGCAAUGUGACAACAAAAAGUCUCUUGUGGUUGGAAGCUUCUAGGUGUCCUCUGAAAGGGGAUCCUGGUGGGCAAAUAUGCAAGAUAGUGGGGGUGCAGGGAGGCAUGUGAAAGCAAGGCCAUUUCCCACAGGGCUUACUAUUACAUGGGUCUGUUUGUUUGCUUGUAAAAGGGGGAAGUGUGUGGUCGACGGUCACAUGACAACACUUUUGUGGUGCUCUUCACCUUUUGGGAAUUCCAAUGAGGAGUUCUAUUGUUGGUGUUUUUUUUUUUUGUAUUUGUGCUCUGUGUCAAGAAAAAUGCACAACUGCUUCGUAACGAAGUAUCUUGAUAAUGUUCCUGAGUAUUCAGGACCUCUUUUUUUUUUUUUUGGGGUUGUCUUAAUAAACACACUUUUGUUUUUCCAAA